UCUGUCAAACUCGAUGACGGCCUCUGCCAAGUUAAUAUUUAUGUAAUUUGAAAAUAAGAAAAAUUCCAAAUUUCCUUUACGUUUACAAUUCAGAUAUAAUUGAUACCAACCAAAAUCAAUAAAAUGGGCACUGUGCACGCUAAGGCACAGCAAGAGAAUAUAAACACUGUUGGCGGAGGGCUAUUUGAGUUUGAGGAACCAAUCGAUUUUGAUGACAGUAUUCCUAAACCGCAAAUCAAAUUAAACGGUGUCAGGGCUCGUGUAGAUCGAGUGCAUGUGGACGGUUUGAGCAGAACCAAAGACGAUAUAGUCAGGAGUGCGGUGGAUGAAUUAUUUCAUGCUACUGAUUUUGAGGAUGUCAUACUUAGAGCUCAUAAGGUCCGUCGAUCACUAGACUCCUUGGGUUGUUUUAAGGACAUUGGUGUGCUAAUUGAUGUAUCCAGUGGACCAGGCUCAACUCCAGAGGGCUUAGAGGUGACGUUUCAAGUGAGAGAACUGUCGCGUAUCGUCGGCGGGGUGAAUACAACAGUUAGCGAGAAUGAAGGCAACCUCGUGUUGGGUGUCCGGCUGCCCAACGUGGCCGGGCGCGGCGAGCGCGUCUCCGCCGAGUACAGCGUGGGCCACAGGAGCUCCUCCAACUUCAGCGUCGCGGCGGCGAAACCGUUCCCGAAGAGCGCUUUGCAGCCCGUUUUAACCACCACAGUGUACCAACAGAACCACGAAUAUCCCUGGUCUGGAUAUAGACUUCUAGACCGAGGGGUCCUCCUAGAUAUGGCAUUUAAAUCUUCGCCAGCUACGAAACAUAACCUCCAAUGGGAAGGUAUGAUUCGCGACACAUCUGUACUUAGUAAGACAACAAGUUUCAAAGUCCGCGAGAGCAGUGGACCCGUGUUGAAAUCGGUGAUCCGGCACAUAGUGUCAGUGGACCACCGGGACGAGAAUAUAUUCCCUACGCGCGGUACGUGGGUUCAGUUCUCGAGCGAGCUGGCCGGGCUGGGAGGGGGGGUCGCGAAUAUCAAGACCGAGUUGCACGCGGAGGCGAAUAAGGAGAUUGCGCCCGGUUUUGUGAGUACCAACGAAUUAAUGAAAAUUGUCAUUUCAUUAUUAAAAAAGAAAUGCUUAGUAGAAAUAAGUAUAUGUGAGCAUGGUGUAGCUAAAGAUUAAAGAAUGAGUAAGAUUUAUAUGAAAACU